CUUAGAAUAAAUAUUUUAAUUUUAUUUAAAAACUACAGAAGGAAAUGAGAAGAAUGGCUCGGAAAUUCAUUGAUAUUGGAGCUAACCUUACCGAUGAGAUGUACCAAGGAGUUUACCAUGGUUCCAAGAAACACGAGCCAGAUCUAGACAAAGUAUUAGCGCGUAGCUGGUCUGGCGGUAUGGAGAAGAUUAUAUUAACAGGGGGAAGUGUAGAAGAUAGUAAAAAAGCAUUGGAUCUUUCACGCACAGAUUCAAGAUUAUUUUCUACCGUAGGAUGUCACCCUACCUGAUGCAAUGAGUUUAAAACAGACGCAGAAGGAUAUCUCAAUGAUCUUCGGAAACUCAUCACUGAAAACCGUGACAAAGUAGUUGCUAUUGGUGAAUGUGGGCUAGACUAUGAAAGACUUCAUUUUUGUGAAAAAGACACCCAACUAAAAUAUUUUGAAAUGCAACUACAACUUAGUGGCCAGUUCAAACUUCCAUUAUUCCUGCACUGUCGGGCAGCUGCUGAUGAUUUAGUGGAGAUACUAGAGAGGAAUAAGAACCACAUCACAGGAGGAGUGGUCCACUCUUUUGAUGAGUCCCAGGAAGCUCUAGAAAAGAUUUUAGCUUUAGGAAUGUAUAUUGGCAUUAAUGGAUGCUCUUUGAGAACAAAAGAAAAUUUGGAAGUAGCUUCUAAAAUACCUCAAGACAAGUUAAUGAUAGAAACUGACUGUCCAUGGUGUGAGGUAAAGCCGACCCAUCCUGGUUACGAGCAUGUUGUGACAAAGUUUCCCUCGGUGAAGAAAGAGAAAUACAACAUCACCUCGGACAACCAAGUAAAAGGCAGAAAUGAACCUGUUAAUAUUGUACAAGUAUUAGAAAUACUGGCGGCAAUAAGAAAAGAAAAUAUAGAUGAUCUGGCCAAUGCAAUUUAUGAUAACACAAUGAAAUUAUUCUUUGCCAACAAAAAUAUAUCUGCAUAGAUUAUAAACGGGAAACUGUAAAGAACGAGAAUAUUGUGUAAUAUAAAAUAAUAUACUUUUAUUAAAUCU